AUGCGGCGUUUCUACGCGCUCGGCGCGUGGCUAGCAGCGAUGAGCACUCUGGGAGCGGCGAAAGUAUGCAGCGGCGGCGAACGCCGUAGGAUCGGGCCGCAAUCCUUCGUUGAGUGUGUCGGGAACAUGUGGCUCGCUCAGCGCUGUCCCGUAGGAACGAGUCUCGACUCGGACCGAUUCAUCUGCGAACGGAGAGUCACCUCUAGGAGUUCAACAGCAUCCAAGGAUUUCAAGUGCCCUCUGCCGAACGGUCGAUUCGGUGACCCUAUCUCCUGCCAGACCUAUUAUUCCUGUGAGCACCGUGUAGCGAAGCUCCAUUAUUGCCCCAUGGGACAGGUCUUCAACGUUCACCUAAAGUCGUGCGAUGACGGCAGGAGGACCGAGUGCAAAGUGACUCUGACUCACUCUCCUGCGGGAUCGACGACCACCCUCAAAAUAACCACGACUAAAGCUCCAUUCAAGUGUCCGAACUCGUCUGGAUAUUAUCCGGAUCCGGUUUCGUGUGAGCAUUUCUUCCACUGCUCCCACGGCAAACCAUAUCGUAGGACAUGUCCGCCGAAAACUCACUUCAGUCCUGAGAAGAACGUCUGUUUUUGGAUCGAGGCCGUCAACUGCCGUCCUUCUACGCCGGACUCGGAGACUGCGCACGAGAUCACGAAACAGACCACCACAGUGACGGACGAUGCCAUGACCAGUCCUGGUCCCACUGAACGUGGUGCCGGUGCAGAGCCGACUUCGAGUUCGGGCGGUUUCAGAUGUCCGAAUCCAUUCGGUUGGUUUCGCGAUCCGUCGUCUUGCGAACAUUUCUAUCAGUGCACUGGAGGCCGAGGGAUCAGGACGCUUUGUCCGGAAGGGAUGCAUUUCAACAAGCGGGUCAAUGUAUGCGAUCAGAUUGUAGAUGCGCAUUGCGAGGACACGGUAUGA